AUGGGUUACGAUAAGGAGAUGAUAGUUGAUGCGGUGGGCUUUUGCGGUGGUAUCUGGCUUGUUUGGGACUCCUCCAUGGUCACCAUUACUGAGGUGGAUCGCUCAUCUCAAUUUCUUCAUGACCAAGUACAGAGUGGUAAUGAUAUUUGGCUCUUCACAAUGGUGUAUGCUAACCCCGCUUUAGUGCAAAGACGGGAGUUGUGGCAAUCAAUCUGCGUUAUCUCAGAGGAUAUGGAGCUUCCAUGGCUUCUCGUAGGUGACUUUAAUUCUAUAUUGUACCCCUCGAGGAAGAUAUCGUUCGAUACAAGUCAUGCACGUGACUUCUAUGAGUGUGUUCUGGAUGCCGAAUUAAUAGACCUAGGCUUCACUGGGCCACCCUUUACUUGGUUUCGGAUAGGAGUUAAAGAGAGGUUGGAUCGUGGACUGGGUAACCUUGCAUGA